UCUAAAUCUCUGUGUUUCAAUCUUUCAAUAGUUCAUUUACAAUGAAGCUAAUUUCAAAACAAAUGUUGUAGAAUGGAUGAAAGAAAUGGUGCAUUGGAACUUAAAAGACUGAUUGGAAAACUUGGACAUGAAUUAUCAGAAAUACGAAGACGAUCCUUACAAAGCCUUCUUUCGAAACUUCGCAAUGACCUCGUCCAAUAUGAAGAUUUGAUACAUCAACGUGAAUUGUUUACUCAUUUACUGCAAAAUAUUCAUAAUGAUCCAGAUGAUGUUGUGUAUAUUUUAGAUCUCUUGACCAUCUUAUCAAAGUUUCCAUUUGCUAGCAAAACCCUGAUCCAGUUAGGUGGUGUGGAAUAUUUUACACAAUUUCGAAAAGAUCUACAUGGCAACGAAUCUCACAUUGGCAGUGUUGAUGAAAUCCUCAAUAACUUAUUUCUUCUGCAUAGUCAUUUGGAAGAUGAGGAAGAAGAUGGAGGUCCAAAUGAAAUCGCCACUGAAGUGGCUGUACCAGGUUUUGAUUAUGAUAAAUAUCAGAAAAUAAUAGACAGUUAUGACUCUGCUAAGUCAACAACAUACAACGAAAGUGAUAACGAAUCAGUCAUGACUAGUCACCAUAAACUAGUUGUUAUUGAGAUGCCCAAUCAACGUUUGGGUGAUAUACAAGUAUCUCCUAAUGAUCUAACGUUUCCAUGGAUCUCGCUAACAUCAGGUGAUCGACAAAUUUUAGCUGUAACAGACAAUCGUCUACAAAGUUCAUCUUUUGAUUUGAUUAUUCAAUCAUGUACAUUUUUAAAAGCUGUCCUUCUCCAUGACUUUCCAGCAGAAGUUUUUAUUCAAAGACCUAACAUAGUAAAGACACUUUUCUCAGUACUGGCACUGUAUAAAGGCAAAAGACUGGAUGUUGUAGAGCAUAUUCUUACAUGUUUAUAUGUGCUUUGUACCAAGCUACAGAAACGUUUACUUCAACAACAAAACCAAGACCUGUGGCUGCCUCAACAAACUCCAGAAGAUAUCCAAUCACUAAGCGUUUCCACCAACCCAACAGAAUCUUCCAGUCUGAGCAGUAAGUCAACCAGUCGUCUCCAAACAACAGAAGGGACGAGUGUUACAGAUAUUGAUGGGCAAAAGGAUGAUGAUGACGACUUGGAAAGUAGUCUAAUAACAAAUGCAUUGGUUCAAGCUCAACUUUAUCUAACAGAUUUCCUUCUACAGAUCCUUCAUACAACAAUUGAUCUGCUUCAGUUAUAUGUGGACGAAAAUUUUCAGUUUUCUAAUGUUGUCAUGUUGCACAUUAGUAUAAUGAGAUUACUUCAGCUGGGUCAUUUACAGGACAAAUGGGAUAGCUCCUUGAAGGAGGAUAAAAAAAUGAUCUACAAUUUAAUGUCAGUGCUACACAAAUUUGACGAUGUAGUCAGUCAGUUUAUGAACGAAACACCUGUUGGUCCCCAAACAACGUUAAAAGCUGUUAUUGUCUGUCAAGUGGUAUUGAAUCUUCUAGACGCCACUGUUCCAGAUCACAGAGUGUAUGAAGUCCUAACGGAUAAACUAGUUCUGUUCUUUCAAUUUGUUGUCACAAAAGUGUCAUUUAUAUCAACACUGGAGAAUAUGAAAGCAUCGCUAGAAAAGUAUCUUUUGUUAGCAGAUGAAACGUUCUACGGAAGUUAUGUGAAAGCUUUAGAUGUUGUGAAGAGUGUUAAAAAUCUGGAUGCGUUUUUUCAAGGCAUCGGAUCAGACAGCGAGCAGCUUAAAACUUGUCAAGAUAUUAUUGUGUAUCUUGAUUUUCAUUGCAAUCAGCAAUUUAUUGAUGAUGUAAUCAACUUAUGUUGUGAGAAAUAUCUCAGAGAUGUCACAACGAAAAACAAAUGGAAAAAGUUGCUAUUGAAGAUACUGCGACACAGGAGUGAUGGUGUAAAAGAAGGUGUUUAUAAGAGUUGUUCGAACAAGUUGAAGCUGUGUUUUUCAUCGUCACUGGUGUCAGAGCCUCUAUCAACAAAACAUCAAUCUGCAUUACUUUUGCUGCACAAAAAAAUUCUCCAACCAAUUAUACAUAAGGGGAUUUUUCAUAAAAAUGUAAAGAUAUCCAAUAUUUCAAAAAACAUCAUUGUGUCUAUUUUAACAAGCAGAUUAAAUAUGUCAACAAAGUACUGGAAAAUAGUAACAAAUAAUCUACCAUCAUUCCUUCCACACCUUCAAGGAUGUUUGGGUAAUAAAGACAAUGCAUUUGAUCAAUCUCUAUUCUCGUUUAUUAAAUUUCCACAAACUAUAAUGAGUGUAGACGGAAGUAUCAAUGGAUUAACUGAGUUGGAACGAACAAAAGCAUGUUUUAGAUUGUUGUUUUCAAAGAAAGUAAAAAUCCGAAGCACUGGCUUUGUAUUAUCGUUAACUUAUAUCACAGAUCGAGACAAAGAAAAGAAUAAAGUGUUUAGGUAUAACCAAAAUAAUAACAAAUCAACAUUUGAAGACUUGUUUGUAUUCAACUCAAAGUAUCUAGUUGGUGUCACGAAUGAACCCACAUUAUUUGGUGAUAUAGCAGUAGAGAAUAUUCAGAAAUUAUGGGAAUUGCUUUCUGAUCGAUUGGUAGAUUGUAAUUUACGCUAUUCAGCUGCAGAGCAAUUGUCUAUACUUUUUCAAGAUCGUCGACUUCAAAAAGCUGUUGGCACACAAGAAAGUUACAAUUGGAUUUUAGAGGAAUUACGUGAACAUAUUUUUGGUGUAGAUGGUAUAUGGAAUGAAUCUAAUGUGGAUGAGAAGUAUAUAUUGUCAUUGCUGCGGAUGUUAAAGCACCUUAUUCACCACCAAGCCUCCAUACGACAUAUACACGCACUCCAGCAAGAUGUCUUUUUGGACUUAUUCCAAGUUGGUCUUCUGUUUUGCAAGAAUAACGAUAUGUGUUAUGAAGUCAGUGUUAUUCUGGUGUACCUUCUCUUUGAUGAUGUUAUUGUGUCCAAUAACAUGUCAAAGGAAGAGUUUUUUCUACCAACGUCUAUUCUCGAUAGUUAUAAGUUUCCUAUUAAAUUUCAAGCGUUGGAUGCAUGUAAAAGCUCUAAUGAAGACACCCAUGACUUGCAAGAGAUGUUGCAGUCAAAACAAAUGCUCAGUUUUAUAAAAGAAUCAUGUUUACUACAAUGUGAUUGGAUGAAAUCUGACGACAGAAAACAUAUGUGCAGACCGCAGUUUCAGAUCACCAUAGAAGAGAGAGAAAAAAUUGAACGAAAUAACUUCAGUAAUAUCAUUGAAACAGUUAACCACAAUCUUAUGCACGCUGGUGACCACUUUUCUGCUAUGUCAUCUAUUGGUCAAUUUCAAUUGUUACUGCUGAUAAUUGCGGAUAGAAAAAGCGAAAACACUAUUGGCAUUCUUAAAGCUUUUACUGAUACUUGUGAAAAUGGAUUCAUCAAAAGGAUCUUAGAAACACCUCCAAGUACAGAAGAUGAUUACAAGCUGUUUCAAAGAACAAUUUUAUUUGUUGAGUGUGCUCUUAGAAUGAACAUUGAUAAGGAUCUAAGUGUUUUACAAAACAUUUUAAUAUCGGAUUUGACUGUAAAGUUAAUCAAGGAUUCUUCACAACAUGUAGAGGAAACUAAAUGCACGAAAUGGGCGAGAACAACAAAGCAAUUAGUGGUCAGUUGCUUGGCAUCCCUAUAUGAACACAUGAACCUGUCACAAGUGACAUGGAAAUCAACACAGUCCUGUCAGUCAGCUCAACUUGGAAACAUUAUAGUAGCAAUAUAUAAAGACCUUUCUCUUGAUGGUUCAGAAUCGUAUUAUGAUUUACCUCUAAUGGAAGUUAUGUUAGGAUGUUUGGUGCAUUUGUUAACGUGGAGAAAGUGGAGCAUGGAUUUGAUCAGUGGGGAGAAUAUAUGUGUUGAAAUGUUUAACUGGCUCACUCAAGUUCUUAUGUCGUUUCAUGUGGACAGAGUAAGCGCUGCUGUGUCUUUCAUGGGAAAGGGAAUUGUUCAAAAAUCAGUGACGUGUCUGUGUCAUCUCUUACACGAAAUCAAAAUGUUUAACGGAAUCAAUCUUUUGCAGACUUCAUUACAUCCUACCGAACAUUCUAACUCAUCUCAAGUCACUUCACUUCUUCAGUCAUCUCAACUGCCAUGGUUAGUACCGCUGUUAUCUGAUCGAUCUAUCCCUAUCCGAUGGGGUGGAUGGGCGUUGUCCACCGCUCUUGUUAGUGAUGCAGUAACUUCAAGACAGUUAGUUGUAAAUGAAUUCCAAAGUCUACCGGGCGGUUUGUGGGCGGCAAGUUUGGGCGUCAUAUUAGAUGAGAAAGAAUGUUUUCUUGUGAGGACACAGGCAUGCAUGGUGUUAUUAAAUCUUAUUGAGAACUAUGAUGAAGAACAACAAGAUAGCUUAUGGGCUGGUAUGAUUGUGCAAGAUACCAAUUCGAAAACGGAGAUUAGUGGACUUAAUGCAUUUCUCCUGCUGUUGGAUCAUUUUGAAUUUUUCAAUGAGUUGAGAAAUUUUUUCAAUAACGAUUUCAAAAACGUCAACAAUUCGUCCGCUCUCCUUAUCAAUGCUUCAACUUCGUUUUCACACACCCAUGAAAACACUACAUCAGGAAUAACCUCUGUGGGGAAGUCAGUUAGGAGUAAUGAUUCAAAAGGGAGUGGUAUCUCUGCCGUAGUUAAUAGAAGUGACGAAGUAUCCUUAACAAGCAAAAAGGAUCUUUCAAUUGGUAGUAGUUCAACAACACAGGAAAUAAGCACCAAUCAUAAUUCAGUGCGCUCAACAACACAACAACGUGGAUCGCUUCGCUUCAAGUUUGCAGUUUUAAAAUUAGUCAGUCAUUUAAUCCCAUUGUGUCCUGUUGUGGUGAUGAGGAAACUGAAGGAACAGCGAAUAUUCAGUAAAAUUUUAAGCACCUGGUCAACAAAAUCUUUAAUCGAGUCGACCAAACAUUUGCUUGCUCAUCCUAACGAAAAAACUUUGUAUCAGUCGUUCCAUGAACAUAUCAAUGUUACGAUAUCGAUGUUAAAGUUGCUCCGUGUGGUUGUACAUAAUGAUGAGUCGAUUUUAAAUGAGUUGGAGGAGAGCGGUGUGAUGAAGAGUGUAUAUAUGUUGUUUACAUUGUGUACGUAUACUUAUCCAGCGUUACAAAAAGAGUUCAUGCUAGUGUGGGAUGAAGCAAUGACUUUGAUUGCUGACAUGAAAUUUCACAAAGAAGCCAUCAAUAACCUCCAAUACAUCUGUGGCUCGUUUAUCUCAGUGACCAACACAUGCAAGUAUGAAAGCAGAACCAUCAAUCAAUUUCUGCACUUAAUACUUUGUACUUUAAAAAACACUAACAACAUAGACAAUUACGUCAUAGAAGAUGAUUUUCAACCAAUCAGGGGUAUCAGUGAUGCUUUAUUGAUGUAUCCUAAACUCGGAACUAAAAUGGCGGAUGUUUUAAGCGAUAUGUUGUUAUGUGCUUAUGAUAAAUCAUAUAUGUUCAAAAACCAAAGUCUUGUACGAAAAACUCUGAGUUGCUUGUUCACUCGAAGUAAGCGAUCGCAAGCGAAAGCGCUUGAGAAAGGAUUCGUUGAAAGUGUUAUUGAAGAAAUAAAAGAUGGUAUGAUCAAAUUAAACAUGCUUUCUUUGGAUGAUGAAAAGAAUGUGAAAAAGAAAAGACACGAUAUACUGAGUGGUAUUGGUGAAUUAUUGGAUUUAAUCAGAAACUUUUGCGUCUAUAACGAAACAGUGAAGCGUGGUUUUGUCACCAGUGGUUUUUUGCAGCACUUGCAAAACGUUUGGUUAUGUUGUGGACUGAAUGAACCACUGAAGCAUUCCUUGUUACAAAUGUUAAUUGUAUUGUCAGCCAACUGUGAAACAGCACAAACAUCGCUCUGCGUGCUUACAUCAGAGAGACAAACUUUGGAGGAAGCCUGUUUUCUUCAAUACGUCAUCAAAAUGUUGAUGCAACUUCAUCACCAGGCAGUUCAAGUACAUGGAAAGUUGGAUAACUGUUUGCGAUGGUGUUUUGAAAUUCUUACUAAUACUUUAAAUGUCACGGAGAGCAGAUCAAUCCUUUAUAAGGCGAACAUGUUUCAUCUUUUCAUCAACGCGUACAAUCUCACAUCUUCGGGCAACAAAACGCAACGAGGUAUUUGCAAAAAUUUAAUUGCUGAUUGGUUGAGAUUGUUCCUUGCUCUUUCAUAUUUUCAAGAUGGCGCCAUUGUCGUUGGGAAAUUACCAGGCUGCUUGAAUAUAUUUUUUGAUAUUUUAAAAGUGGGAAACAAACACAGGAAAGAUAUGACAUUGUUAAUCAUCAGAAAUCUCUUGUUUGUUGCUCGUCUCAAACAGAAUAUUAUAUCGAAUCAGACUACUAUCGAUGCAGUGAUGGAAUCUUUAACUUCACCUUCUAUUAAAACAAAGUUGAUCUCCCUCUCAAUCUUUCAAGUGAUGCUUUACGAAAACCAAAAGGCUAAGGUUUCAAUCAAGCAAACCAAGUUAUCCAACAAACUACUUAAACUAAAAGAGGAUGUUGAAACAGGCCGUUGUUUGGCUGUGGAUGGCAAUCUUGAAUUACACGAUCAAAUGAAACGCUGUUUGACAAUAACGUUAAACUUGCUUAAUUCUUAAAUUGUAUAUAUUAUAUUUAUUUCUCAAUAUAUUUUAAUUUAUUUUUUAA